AUUUUCCACGUUCGGAAAUGGGGCUGCGGGUGGUCGAUUCGGCCGCAGCCUUACUGGUGGCGCUAGGUGCCACACUGCUUUUCCUACUGGCCGAGGGGCCGCAGGGUGCGGUUGCGUCACAUCCACCGGAGAUCAUCAAGAAACCCGUGAACCAAGGCGUCCGAGUUGGUGGUGUGGCAACGUUCUUCUGUGCAGCUCGCGGUGAUCCCCAGCCCACGGUGAUAUGGCGUAAAAAUAGCAAGAAAAUCAUGAUGACCCAAUCGCGAUACACGGUCUACGACGCUAAUGGACUUUCGAUGUUACGUAUCGAACCCGUGCGUGCGGGCCGCGACGAUGCACCGUACGAGUGUGUGGCAGAAAAUGGCGUCGGCGAUGCAGUUUCGGCUGAGGCCACGCUGACCGUUUAUGAAGGAGAUAAAACGCCGAGCGGAUUCCCGACGAUCACCCAGAGUCCAACGAUUCGAGUAAUUGAAACGGGCCACACGGCCGUGAUGCAGUGCAAGGCGACCGGAUCGCCGCCGCCGAAGAUCUACUGGAUAAAGGACAUGAAGCGCGUUGAUAUGACCAAUCCACGCUACAGCAUCAACAGCGAAGGAAGCCUACAGAUCGACAACAGCGAGGAAAGCGACAUGGGCAAGUACGAGUGCGUCGCCGAAAACUCCGUCGGUACGGAGCACACGAAACCGACUCCGCUGUACGUGAAGGUCCGCCGGGUGCCGCCCACCUUCUCGCGCCCCCCGGAGCCCGUGUACGAGGUCAUGCUGGGGGCGAACCUGACGCUCACCUGCGUCGCCGUCGGCUCGCCGAUGCCAUCCGUCAAGUGGCGCAUGGGCGUGGACCAGGAGGUGACACCGGAGAACGACGUCCCGGUCGGGCGGAACGUCCUCGAGCUGACCAACAUCCGGGCCAGUACUAAUUACACCUGCAUCGCACGGUCCACCCUCGGUGUCAUCGAAGCUACCUCCCUGGUCAAGGUUCAAUCCUUGCCAGCGGCGCCAACGGACGUCACCAUAUCGGAGGUAACGGCGACGCAAGUGCGGCUGGAAUGGUCCUACAAGGGCCCGGAAGAUCUGCAGUACUAUGUCAUACAGUACAAGCCGAAGAACGCGAACCAGGCGUUCAGCGAGAUCAGUGGCAUUAUUACGAUGUUCUACGUCGUGCGGACGCUGAGUCCGUACACCGAGUACGAGUUCUACGUCAUUGCGGUGAACAAUAUCGGCCGAGGACCGCCGUCGUUACCGGCCACGACGACCACGGGAGAGACAGGCGAUUCCGUCUAUGGAGGUUCUAAAAUGGAAAGUGCUCCGAGAAACAUCGAAGUCAAGCCGUUAAGCUCGUCGACGAUGCUUAUUACGUGGGAACCACCUGAGACUCCUAAUGGACAAGUGACUGGCUAUAAAGUGUACUACACCACUAACCCGAACCAACCCGAAGCGUCCUGGGACUCGCAGAUGGAAACCAACGACAUGACGACUAUUUCGGAGCUGACCCCACACGCAAUCUACACGAUACGGGUGCAAGCGUUCACGUCCAUGGGCGCCGGUCCACUGUCCAACCCGGUACAGGUUAAGGCCCAGCAGGGCGUUCCCUCGCAGCCGAGCAACUUCCGCGCCACCGAUGUUGGCGAAACAGCUGUCACCCUGCAAUGGUCCCGGCCGACUCACUCGGGCGAGAACAUCGUACACUACGAGCUCUACUGGAAUGACACUUAUGCAAACGAGCAGCAUCAUCAACGAAUUCCGAACACCGAGACCUACACCCUGAGCAGCCUGUACCCGGACACGCUGUACUACUUCUGGCUGUCGGCGAGGUCCCAGCGGGGCGAGGGCGCCACCACCCCACCGAUCCCGGUGCGGACCAAGCAGUACGUACCCGGUGCACCGCCUCGUAAUGUUACUGUCGAAGCCACAAGCCCAACCACGAUCAACGUGUCCUGGCUGCCACCGCCGGUCGAACGAUCGAACGGAGCCAUAGUUUAUUAUAAGGUGUUCUUCGUCGAGGUGGGGCGAUCGGAUAGCGAGGCCACGGUAACGACCCUCAACUCGACCAACAUCGUCCUGGACGAGCUGAAGCGUUGGACGGAGUACAAGAUCUGGGUCCUCGCCGGAACCUCCGUUGGCGACGGACCACGGUCGUACCCGUACACGGUUCGCACUCACGAAGACGUGCCCGGCGAUCCGCAGGACGUUAAGGCGAGCCCGGUCAACUCGACCACCAUCUACGUCACGUGGAAGCCGCCGAAGGAGAAAAACCGCAACGGCAUUAUCCGGGGCUAUCACAUACACGUGCAGGAAAUGAGGGACGAGGGAAAAGGACUUUUAAACGAACCAAUGAAGUUUGAUGUCGUCGAUGGGCUGGAGUACAACGUGACGGGCCUGCAGCCGGACACGAAGUAUUCCGUACAGGUGGCGGCCCUCACGCGCAAGGGAGACGGUGACCGCAGUGCGCCGAUAUCGGUAAAAACACCAGGCGGCGUCCCGAUACGUCCGACGGUGACGCUGAAGAUACUGGAGCGCGAUCCGACCGUGUCGAUCGAGCUGGAAUGGGAACGGCCAAAGCAGACGUACGGCGAGCUGCGCGGGUAUCGAGUCCGCUGGGGCGUCCGCGAGCAGGCCCUGCAGGAGGAGAUCCUCCAGGGUACGCACCUGAACGUGAAGCGCAUCAACGACCUGGAGCGGGGCGUCGAGUACGAGUUCCGGGUGGCCGGCAUGAACCACAUCGGCAUCGGGCAGGAGGCGGUGAAGCAUCUCCAAACACCGGAGGGAUCGCCGACCGGGCCACCGACGAACAUCGCCGUCCGCUUCCAGACCCCGGACGUGGUGUGCAUCACCUGGGAACCACCGACCCGGGAGCACCGGAAUGGGCAGAUUACGCGCUACGACAUUCAGUUCCACAAGAAGAUCGACCACGGGCUCGGUACCGAGCGGAACACCACCGUCCGGAAGGCCGUGUUCACGAACCUGGACGAGAGCACCGACUACAUCGUGCGGGUGCGCGCCUACACCAAGCAGGGUGCCGGCCCGUUCAGCGAGAAGCAGGUCAUCACGACGGAGCGAGAUAUGGGCCGAGCGCCGUUCUCCGUGCAGGCCGUGGCCACCUCCGAGCAGACGGUCGAGGUGUGGUGGGAGCCGGUUCCGUCGCGCGGCAAGCUGGUCGGGUACAAGAUCUUCUACACCAUGACCGCCGUCGAGGACCUGGACGAGUGGCAAACGAAGGUGGUCGGCGUGACCGAGUCGGCCGAUCUGAUCAACCUGGAGAAGUACGCGCAGUACGCGGUCGCCAUCGCCGCCAUGUACAAGACGGGCCUGGGGAAGCUGAGCGAGAAGGCCACGGUGAAGGUGAAGCCGGAAGACGUGCCGCUGAAGCUGCGCGCCCAGGACGUCAGCACGCACUCCAUGACGCUCAACUGGAGCCCUCCGAUCCGGUUGAAUCCGAUCAACUACAAGAUCUCGUUCGACGCCGUGAAGGAGUUUGUCGACUCGCAGGGCAUUUCGCAGAAGCAGUUCCUGCCACGCAAGGAGAUCGUCCUCAAGAGCCACUCGAAGUCGCACACCAUCAACGAGCUGUCCCCGUUCACGACGUACUUCGUCAACGUGAGUGCCAUCCCGCCCGACUACACGUACAAACCGCCGGCCAAGAUCACCGUCACCACCCAGAUGGCCGCCCCGCAACCGAUGGUGCAGCCGGACUUCUACGGCGUGGUGAACGGCGAGGAGAUCCAGGUUAUCCUGCCGCAGGCCUCGGAAGAGUACGGUCCCAUCUCGCACUACUACCUCAUCGUGGUGCCGGAGGACAAGGCGAACCUGCACAAGAUACCGGACCAGUUCCUCACCGAGGAGCUGCUGACGGCGCGCCCGAAGCUGGACCGCCCGAACGCGCCCUACAUCGCCGCCAUGUUCCUGCAGCGCAACAUCCCGUACACGUUCCACCUCGGCUCGGGUGAGACGAACCACAACUUCACCAACAAGAAGCUGGAGCGCGGUAAGCGCUAUCGGAUCUUUGUCCGAGCCGUCGUCGACACGCCCCAGAAGCACCUGUACACGUCGAGUCCGUUCUCCGAGUUCCUGGCGCUCGAUAUGAAGGAGGCGCCGACGGGGGAACCGCCGCACCGGCCCAACCCGAACGUGCCGCAAGACCCGGAGAUACUAAUCAAAGGCAAGAGCGAGGAGCCCACCAUGCUGUGGGUGGUCGGACCGAUCAUAGCGGCGCUCGUGCUGUCCGUGUGCUUCCUGGUGGUGUACUUCGUGCGUCGCCGCAGGCAACCGUGCAAAGCGCCGGACCAGGCGGCCGUCACACGACCGCUGAUGGCGGCGGAUCUCGGGGCCGGACCGGCGCCCACCGAUCCGGUCGAUAUGCGCCGACUGAACUUCCAGACCCCCGGCAUGAUCAGCCACCCGCCGAUACCAAUCUCGGAGCUGACCAACCACGUCGAGCGGCUGAAGGCGAACGAUAACCUCAAGUUCUCCCAGGAGUACGAGAGCAUCGAGCCGGGCCAGCAGUUCACCUGGGACCACUCGAACAUGGAGGUGAACAAGCAGAAGAACCGCUACGCCAACGUUACCUCGUACGAUCACUCGCGCGUGAUCCUGCCGCCGGUCGACGAUCUGGCCGGCUCGGACUACAUCAACGCGAACUACUGCGACGGCUACCGGAAGCACAACGCGUACGUGGCCACCCAGGGGCCGCUGCAGGAAACGUUCGGUGACUUCUGGCGCAUGUGCUGGGAGCUCAAGUCGACGACGAUCGUGAUGAUGACGCGGCUGGAGGAGCGCUCGCGCAUCAAGUGCGACAUGUACUGGCCCGCCCGCGGCACCGAGGUGUACGGCGCGAUGACGGUGACCAUCACCGAGACGCAGGAGCUGGCCACCUACUCGAUCCGCACGUUCCAGAUCUACCGCAACGGUAGCAACGAGCGGCGCGAGAUCAAACAGCUGCAGUUCACGGCCUGGCCGGAUCACGGCGUGCCCGACCAUCCGGCACCGUUCCUGCAGUUCCUGCGGCGCACCAAGUCGCUCACGCCCGCCGAGUCCGGUCCGAUCAUCGUGCACUGCUCGGCCGGUGUUGGCCGUACCGGUUGCUACAUCGUCAUCGACUCCAUGCUCGAGCGCAUGAAGUACGAGAAGACGAUCGACAUCUACGGGCACGUGACGUGCCUGCGGGCCCAGCGCAACUACAUGGUGCAGACCGAGGACCAGUACAUCUUCAUCCACGACGCGCUGCUCGAGGCGGUCAUCUGUGGCAACACGGAGGUGCCGGCCCGCAGCCUGCACAACCACAUCCAGAAGCUGAUGCAGACGGAGCCGGGCGAGAACAUCACCGGCAUGGAAAUGGAGUUCAAGAAGCUGUCGAACGUGAAGGCCGACUCGACGCGCUUCGUCACGGCCAACCUGCCCUGCAACAAGCACAAAAACCGCCUGGUGCACAUCCUACCGUACGAAUCGUCCCGCGUCUGCCUCACGCCGAUCCGUGGCGUCGAUGGCAGCGACUACAUCAAUGCCAGCUUGGUCGAUGGCUACCGCUACCGUAACGCUUACAUUGCCGCACAAGGACCGCUCCAGGAGACUGCCGAGGACUUCUGGCGCAUGCUGUGGGAACACAACUCGACGAUUGUGGUCAUGCUGACCAAGUUGAAAGAAAUGGGACGGGAAAAAUGCUUCCAGUACUGGCCGCACGAGCGCUCGGUGCGCUACCAGUGCUACGUGGUGGACCCGAUCGCCGAGUACAACAUGCCGCAGUACAAACUGAGAGAGUUCAAGGUGACGGACGCGCGGGACGGGUCGUCGCGCACCGUGCGCCAGUUCCAGUUCGUCGACUGGCCGGAGCAGGGCGUGCCGAAGUCGGGCGAGGGCUUCAUCGACUUCAUCGGCCAGGUGCACAAGACGAAGGAGCAGUUCGGCCAGGACGGCCCGAUCACGGUGCACUGCAGUGCCGGCGUCGGCCGCACCGGCGUCUUCAUCACGCUCAGCAUCGUGCUCGAGCGGAUGCAGUACGAGGGCGUGCUGGACGUGUUCCAGACGGUCCGGAUACUUCGCUCGCAGCGUCCGGCCAUGGUGCAGACGGAGGACCAGUAUCAGUUCUGCUACCGGGCGGCCCUCGAGUAUCUCGGCUCGUUCGAUCACUACGCGACCUAAGCCCUUCCGAUUGCUUAGGGGGGCCACGACCCUUAGGUCCACCACCAUUCCGGCCGUCGUCCGGCCAUCGUCAUCGUCCGGCUGAUAAGGUCGGUGUUGCACUGUUCCAGGAUCAUUUCUACCAAACCCAACACACACACACACACACAAACACAUCGACGCGUAACUAGCAAUCAAAACCCAGCAUCAGCAACCGGCAUUUUCGCGCAACCGGGUGGCACCCCCGGAGAGGCAGCUCAUUCAUCUCCCCCACCCCGUGACGCUGGGUGGUUUCGUUUAGUCAAAAGCCCUCGCCCACCCCCUCCCAUCAUGUUUGCCAUCAACAACUCAUAUGCAAUCGACCGACCGACGAUGUGCGGCCGCUUUCGAUUCGCGAGUAGUAAUUCGAUAAGAUUUAGGAUGAAUUUUUCAAAAUUUGACUAUACUCAACUACUUUAGGAGUGCAGAUAUCAUUAAGGGGGUAGCCAGAUAAAAUUAGCUUAACUAUGCGUUUAGGAAAAUAAUACCGGACGGACGGACGGAGAAAACUUUAUAACCCUACCAGUUGAACGCAUCGGUCCUGCGUGUUCUGUUUUCGGACCGUUCCUCCUUCAUCCGUAACGGACAACAAAACGUUAUAUCUCUCUCACACACACACAACCUAAUAGCUAUUUGGUUGUGACGGAAAACUGAACAUCACAAUCAUGACUGCCAUUUAACGAAUGAACCCCGGAAAAGAAGGGAUUCAACGAAAGGUCGGUGAAAGCAUUUUUAAUUAUUAUUAUUAAGAGGCUAUUGUAUUUUCCAACCGACAAGCGAUGCCCCAAACACUUUAUUUUACCACCUAAGAAUCAUGCCACAUUCUUAUUUUAUACUAAACGGACGGUAUUUGAUUUUUUUGUUCGUCGAGCAUCGAUCGGAGCUAUAUUUUAUUUUUAUACAACACAAUAUUGUUUUAAUCAUCGUACACUGAACCUAGUUCUACUCACUAGAAAAGGGAACCACUUCUUAUUAGCAACGGCAAGUUUGUAACGGAAAAAUUUUCUAUACAUUCCUCCUCGAAUAAAUAACUAGACAAGCAAGAUGGGACAAAGAAUUUUAGCAAGUUUGUCCGAUGUCAAUGAUAGGACGAUAGAACUGUCUCGAAAACUCACCUCCAUAUCUCUCUAUCACUCCUACAGCAGGCCAUAUGACCGGAGAGGAUCCGCAAAUCCGACGGUUUUGCAUUAAAAAAAUCCUUCGUUUAUUUCUUUACCAUCCCACUUUUCUGAUAACGCAAAAUCAAGCGCGUGCAAAACAAAAACAUACCGCGUAGAGAGUAGCGAGGUGUAAGCUUAAUGUACUUUGCUCGAAGCGAUCAAAGUGAAACAUCAAACGGUCAGACUGAUAUUAUUAGCGUUACAUCUCACGUGUGGUGGAACUGGUGGAAAGCGGGAACUGGGCAGCGCGGGGAGAUUCAAACGCGGGUGAAACGGAGCUGCAGCUAGAUAGAGCUGCUUUUGCUGCAGCAGCGAGAACAGAAACAAACAGCAAAGCUAAACGAACCUCUAUCCUGCAGCAAAAACAUUCUAAAGUAAGCGAAAGUAAAAUGUUUGCAUCGUAAUGGGGUGUCGGGUUGGGGAAAAACUCCUCAGAUUAACGGUGCAGUAGAGAGUAACAUGAAGCGCGCGAGCGUCCACCCGGAAUCAGAGAAGGAAGAACAAAAAAAUGUAAUCGAAUAGCCAACAUGAGCACAGUCACAAUACUCCUGCUCCAUCUUCUCCGGCCCCUCGGAGGGGAAGAAGAAGACUAAGCUGAGCGCAUUCGACUUUUAAGCAUACUUCUCAUUAGGUACCAUUAGAAUGUUAUCAAACGAUACAACAAUACACGGAGGAAAAUUUGGAGAAAAUGAAAACCUCUUCUUUGGAAACCAUUAAACACGACGACCCGGCGAUGCAGGACGAACGAUAAUGAAACAAAAAAUUGGUGCGUGUUUCAUCGGCAAAACGGGGAUUAAAAAAAAAAAGGAAAAACUCCCAAGCCAAACAGUUGAACACAAGAAACACCGAAAGGACAUUAUGUGCAAAAUAAUACCAUUAUCCGCUA